CGUUUGCAAUGAGUAGUCCAUUGGCCGUGAAUAAUGUUACGUGUGGAGCUGUUGGUGGUCAUAGCCACUUGCUUUUAUGUGGCGGUUGCCAGGAGCUCGCCGCAAGCUAGAAAAAUCCAGGGGCUGAUUAAAAACAUUGACACACGGUAUUCUGAUGACAUAUAUGAAGACGCGAACCUUGACGUGCCAGCUCUCAUCACAAAAUAUGGCUAUCCCGUCGAGGAACACUCAGUGACAACAGAAGAUGGUUACAUUUUGGGAAUGCACCGUAUCCCUUAUGGUCGAGACGCUAACAAUGUGGCUAAUCAAAAUAAACCUGUUGUGUUUGUAAUGCAUGGUCUACUUUGUUCCUCGGCCGACUUUAUUCUCAUGGGACCAGGCUCUGGUUUAGGUUACAUUCUCGCUGAAGAAGGAUUCGACGUCUGGUUGGGUAAUUCACGCGGUAACUAUUAUUCUCGCAAGCACGUUACGCUGAAUCCUGAUGCCAUAUUGAACACAGCAUUUUGGCAGUUUUCUUACGAUGACAUAGGCAACGAGGACUUACCUGCUAUGAUUGAUUAUAUACUUAAGACUACUGGAGCAGAGAAGCUUCACUACGUGGGUCAUUCGCAGGGCACUACAUCAUACUUCGUAAUGGGGGCUAUGCGACCUGAAUACAAUGACAAGAUCAUUUCGAUGCACGCUCUGGCUCCCGUCGCUUACAUGGCGCAUAACGAAAAUCUCCUACUAAAAGCAUUGGCACCUUAUUCUUCUGAAAUUGAAACGAUCGCCUCUCUAGUUGGUGUUGGAGAGUUUAUGCCCCAUUCGAUUAUCUUCACGUGGGCUGGUGAAGCCUUGUGUCGCGAUGAAGUGGUAUUCCAACCUAUAUGCAGUAACAUUUUGUUUUUGAUCGGUGGAUGGGACGAAGCCCAACUUAACACGACUAUGAUGCCCGUCAUCUUCGGUCACACGCCGGCCGGUGCCUCUGUAAAACAACUCGCACAUUACGGACAAGGAAUUGCUGCGAAAGGUUUUCGCCGAUAUGAUUACGGAACUAAUUAA